CACGCCGAGAUACCGACUGGCCGUCGUUAUACUCGAUCAACACCACACAAUAUCCCAUCUACUGACUCCCAUUUUCGUCUCUUUUGUUUACCUACCUAAUGAUUUCCUCGAGCCCUAGGUACGAAUCUCCAUCGCUUCUCCGUGUUUUGCACAAAGGCAUUUCCCAAAACACGUUUUCCUUCUCUUCCAUUUCUUCCUCACGCAACCGCAAAAUCCUCACUUUCUUGCGUCUUCGAAGAAAAAAAAAUCAUCAACUUCAAAAAAUCAUUUACCUACUCUCACUCUCAUCAUUACUUACUAUCAAUCAUACCCUUACUCCAGGUCAUGGAGAACGUGGAAAACUUCGGUCUCGAAAGCGCCCACCGUCGCCGCCCUUCCAUCCGCGUAGUCAUCUCCAGAAGCAACAUCUACGGCUCCGCCCACACCACCAUGCAAGUGCCGCCCGUAGUCCAGUCGAUGAACCCGGCCAUCAUCGCCGCGGACGACAUGUGGAGCGGCGACGGCCCCGUCGGCCUAUUCGCCAUGGGCAUCGAUCUCGACACGCCCCGCGACAGCCUAGACCUGGACUCAUCCGAGUCCGCGCUUCUCCUCGGCAACCACGUCGCGGUCGAGACGAAGAGCAAGAAAGCCAAGGCCUCCGGCCUCUGGGCCAAGCUCAAGCAGAAGUUCAAGCGCAGCAAGUCGCCCGGCGCCGGCCCGCACCACCACCACCACCACCACCCCUGGCAGCGCGUCGUCAGCGGCGGCUUCGGCGGCAUCCUCGUUGGCAAGGAGACGAAAGUCGAGACCGAGGACAAGCCCGCUGCCGGAUUGCCCAGAUCGAAGACGACUGCGGACUUCCGCCCUCCGCGCCCCAUCUCGACGAACUGGAAGGCGGCUCAUGACGAGCUGCUGGACAUGGGCGACGAGCGUGACAAGAAGCCCGAGAAAACGUCAGAGAAGAUCGGCGGGCUCGUUCGUUCUAUGUCCGCGGUGUUGCCUGGCCGACAUUGA